AAGCGCCAUCGCAGCUGCACGAUCCCUCGCUUCCCGCUCAGCGCGCGAUUUUGCCUCUUUCGCCUCACUGAUCGCUUGUGCGCGUUCCUGAAUCACACGUUGUCGUGCUUCCUUCUCUUCAUGCGCGCGACGUGCUUGUUCACGAAUUUCUUGCUUUCGAAGCGCUUGCAGACGUUGUUCCCGCUCUUGGUCUGCAGCUGUUGAUUCGGCGAGGAGGCGGCGGUAGUCAUCUCUGCCUUUUAGAAGCAUCUUGGCAUUUGUUUUGAUGGAUCUUUGAUAGAUGUCAGGAGAGUAGUCUGUUUGAAGUUGCGCAGUUGACGUCGCCCACGGAAUUCAAUUCCACACGACUACCAGCACACAAGAGCAAUCGCAGUAGAAAACGCGCCCUGCCUAGCCUAGCCACGAACAGCUCAUCACUGGACUGCUGCAUGUCGAUCGACUACGCCUCCCUCCCCGAACAUUCAGGCUUCGCAUCCAAUACACAAACCAGCGAGACACAUGCCGCACACCAAGAAUUCGCACGACGUCAACGCGCGCGUCUCAUUGCCGUUCCUACAGACGAUGUGAAGAUCAAGCAACAACUGCGAGAGCGUGGUGAGCCCAUCAUUUUAUUCGGCGAGGGACCAGCGGAUCGUCGAGAUCGUUUGCGUUAUGUAUUGUCGUUGGAUCAGCAUGGUGGUGUUGCAGAGGGUGUGAUGCAGGAGGAUGAAGAGGAUCAAGAGGAGGAGUAUGAGACUGCUGGCUCAGAUGCGCUCUUGCAUGCACGAAGGGAUCUCUUACGGUAUAGCAUCCCACGCGCACAAGCAAGACUUGCUCGACAACGACAAGAACAAAACAUUCCUGGCACACGUCUUGUUGCUGCUCGAAAGGCAGAACAUGCACGCUUAAAGGCAUUCACGUCACAAGGAUCACAAGUGGCUGCAGACAGAGCUUGUUCCAUUGCACGGUUCUCGCCGGAUGGUGCAUGGAUUGCAACAGGUGCUUGGUCGGGUGAUGUGCGUAUCUUUGAUAGCACGGCAUUAGAACAAACUCGAAGAACAGUGGGACAUACGGAUAAAGUCUCUGGCUUGGCUUGGCACCCACAAGCAACGUUGGGUCAGUCCCCGAGUGCUCUCAAUUACAUCUCUGGAGGCGGUGAGGGAGAUGUUUGUUUAUGGAGCCUACAAGGAUCUGAAGAGCCACUUGCUCGGCUACAAGGCCAUACGGGUCGUGUUGCACGGUGUGUCUUUCAUCCAUCAGGGAAGUAUAUCGCUUCUGCGUCAUUCGAUGGGACUUGGCGAUUUUGGGAUGCGGAAACAACGACAGAAUUGUUGGAGCAGGAAGGACACGCGCAUGAGGUUUAUGCAUUAGCGUGUCAAGACGACGGUGCGUUGCUUGCGAGUGGUGGAUUGGAUGCGAUUGGACGUGUUUGGGAUCUUCGAUCCGGUAAGACGAUUAUGGUCUUGGAUGGUCAUGUCAAGCCUAUUCAGGGACUUGAUUUUUCACCGGAUGGAUAUACGAUUGUCAGUGGAUCAGCAGAUGAUACCAUCAAGGUGUGGGAUGUUCGACAGGUCAAAUGUACACAGACGUUGCCUGCUCACAAAAGUCUUGUGAGUGAUGUACGCUUCUUUCGGUAUCAGGGUCAAGAGACCUUCUUUACACAACAAGGUCAAGAGGGGGAAGCGCCAGUGCCGCGAUCUGGGACAUUUAUGGCGUCGAGUGGAUAUGAUGGAGCUGUGAAUAUUUGGAGCACGGAUGACUGGCGGUUGAUCAAGACACUGGUGGGCCCGGCGGAGAAGAAGGUGAUGAGUGUGGAUAUCAGCGGGGAUGGCACACAACUGUGCUCGAGUGGCUUUGAUCGCACUCUGCGGCUUUGGUCUAGGUAGAGGAGAAGAUGCAAACAAGCAUAAGCAAGCAGCAAACAGCAUGAAGA